AUGGCAUUAUUGGCAAAAACUAGUUAGCUUGGUGCAAUUUAAUCUCGACAUUUCCGUUCUGAACAAGUAGAAGUAGAGAACAGUGUUUUUCGAAGCCGAAGUUUACUCUGAAGAUGGAAGGAAUAACAAAAAAACAAAAGUUGUCAACUUUGGAUCAACUAAAAGAAAUGACGGUUGUAGUUGCCGACACUGGUGACUUUGAAGCGAUGAAACUGUAUAAGCCCACCGACGCCACUACAAAUCCAUCGCUGUUAUUAACUGCUGCGAAAAUGGAGCAAUACGAUCAUAUUCUGAAAGAAGCAGUCAACUAUGGAGCGGGAGCUGGGAAGACAUCUAACGAUAAGGUUCAGGAGGCGAUUGAUUACUUAGGCGUUCUGUUUGGUUGUGAAAUUUUAAAAAUUAUCCCAGGACGCGUUUCUACCGAAAUCGAUGCUCGCUUAUCAUUCGAUACGAAGAAGAGCGUAGCAAAGGCAUUGAAGCUUAUAAAAUUAUACGAGCAAAUGGGUAUUCAAAAAGAACGAGUUCUCAUAAAAAUUGCAUCUACCUGGGAAGGUAUCCAAGCGGCGAAAAUAUUAGAAGAAAAGCAUAAUAUCCAUUGCAAUUUGACUCUACUGUUUUCAUUUGCACAAGCAGUGGCUUGCGCUGAUGCUGGAGUAACUUUAAUUUCGCCUUUUGUUGGUCGUAUAUUGGAUUGGUACGUGGCUAAUAGUAAAACUAAGAGUUUUGAGCCAGAAAAAGAUCCUGGUGUUAUAUCAGUUACUCAAAUCUACAAUUACUAUAAAAAGUAUGGCUACAAAACGGUUGUUAUGGGAGCUUCAUUUAGAAAUGUUGGCGAAAUAAAGGCAUUAGCGGGCUGCGACUAUUUGACAAUAAGUCCUACUUUGUUAAAAGAGCUUGAGAAUGAUGACGAGCCAAUUAAUGAACAGUUAUCAAUAAAAAAUGCUAAAUCUGUGGAUAUGGAAAAAAUUAAUAUUGAUGAACCUACAUUCCGUUGGUUGCUUAAUGAAGACGCUAUGGCAACAGAAAAGCUUUCUGAAGGUAUAAGAAAAUUCGCACAAGAUGCUAAAAAACUAGAAGAUUUAAUAAGAAAAUACAUUGCCGAUGUGUGAAGCUUUUAAUGUAAUGAAAUUAUGAUUUUGGAAGAUGUAUUUCAAUGUACAUACAUACAUAUAUAUAUAUGCUAUUAAAAUUUGAAUUAAGCAAAAUA